AGAUAUAACGAAAUACCAGAUACAGGGUGAUCCAAUAAUUGGGAGUGUUAGAUGGACUAUGGUAUAAGUACUGGAGAUGGGUGUCUUAAAAUCUGUUUUAUAUGUGUGUACUUCAUAAAAGACAAUGAAGCUGAAAAUUUGAUCAUUCUAUUGAAGCUAACUAAUUGCAGUGAGUUCUGAAAUGUUUAAUAUGUUUGAUGCUUAUUUAUAUAGCGUUAGCAAUGUAGUACAUUAGAUUCAUUCCCCUCUUUUUCUGGUUAACAUACAUUUUCCUUGCAAUCCUCUGUACCAUCUCUUAAAAGAAACUGGCAUAUUGUCUUGUGAUCACGAAUCAGCCAAGUUUGGUUCUGCAUAUUAGAAAGUCCUGUAACGGCUUGUUUAUGCUUCAGGCACUUGAACCGACAGGGUUCAGAUUUCUCUUUGACAAGCAGCUUCAGAACAGUGAUGUAAGCUCCCUAAGGAGAAUUGUCGUGCCCAAGAAAGCAGCUGAGCGAUAUCUCCCAACUCUUGAGAUCAAGGAAGGUUUUCCCAUAACCAUGGAUGACAUGGAUGGCAUCCAUGUCUGGAGUUUCAGAUACAGGUACUGGCCAAAUAACAGCAGUCGGAUGUAUGUGCUUGAAAAUACUGGUGAUUUUGUCCAAACACAUGGAUUACGCCAAGGAGACUACUUUGCCCUCCAUUACAAUGAUCAGAAGCAGAUCUAUGGCAUCGAAGCAAGGAAAGCUGGAGAUGGAGCAGUAUUUCAUGGUUAUGAAGCGGAAGACAUGAUUUUAACUGAUUAUGCACAGGCGGCAGAUGAUGGGAAUGGGGUGCUUAUGAAUGAACCAGAGUUGGAUAUGUCCAGCUUUUACUUCCCUGCAAUGGACAAUGAGAUGGGCAUGUCCUUCAUUUAUGAUACCAGCUUCUGGAACGAGCCUGCCUUCGAUUUUGUAGGGGGUCCUAUGACCUAUUACUCAACUAAUGUGUUCCCAAUGCCAAGCUUUGGAUCCAUUGAAGACAGCUUCUCUGUUGAUGAUUUCUAUUAAGGUCUGCACGCGCAUAGCGGAAUAGGGGGAUACAUACUAUUAAUCCCAUGCAGCCUUGUAAUCUAAUCCAUACUCCUACCGGUAACCUUGAAGUAUAAAGCUGAUACUCCAGUUACAAGCACAAGGAAUUGUACUAGUAAGUUAAGGUUUCUGUUUUUUGGUUUUUUGUAAGGAAGGGGCCGAGACUUCUGGGGGUGUUUUGUACUUUUUUUGGCUGGCUUCUGUUGUCAAGUUCGGAUCAAAAACUCUUUACCACCGUAAAUGUAAUAAACUGGAGACCUAAGAAAUGGAAAAAUAUGAAAUAAAAAGGUGCAUA